AUAGGGGGAAGAACGCAAUGUGGAAUUUAACUUCGAUUUUAAUUUUGGUUUUAGUUUUUGUCUGGUCUACUGAUGCUGCAAAAUAUCCGAGAGGAAUAAAAAAACCAGGCAGAUUUGCAAGUAACAGUAAAAGCACCCGUUAUGGAUCCCCUGAUCCCGAAGUAAAUCGUCGUCUUGCUGGUAUCGCUAGGCAAAUGCUGCGCCAAUAUCAUUGGGGCGCUUUAGGUGUACUAUCAGACUAUUGGGAAACUUACGAUUAUCCUUUUGUUACACCCAAAAUGUUUGCUGAAGGAAAUUCUACUUACAGCUCCGGUAUGCCUUACUUUUUCCUGUCCCCUGAUUACUACGUUACACAGCAUCUUGAGCAUAGUCACAAAGUAUCAUUCUCUGUCAGUCGUAUGCAAAGUGGUGAAUGUAAGGAGGAGGGAAUUGAUGUUCAAAAUCCUCGGUGUUUUUUUGUUGUAUUCAACGGAAAUUUCACGAAAUUAGAGAGAGGUACGCCCCAAUAUGAAGAAGGAUACCAAUUUCUGACUGAAAAAUAUCCAAGAAUAAAAACCACUCCAAAUAAGGAAAACUAUGUAAUAGGAUACAUCAGUUUGAUUGAUGUUAUGAUAGUUGCUGGUAAGGAAGAAUUGGAAUGCGUUCCUAUGGGCGCUUAUCAUAAUACACCCCCAAAUGAAAAUUAUGAAGAAGAAGAAUUUUAUGCGACUCCUUCAAAAAGAGUAAAAAACAGAAAAAUUAAGAAAAAAAUAAGCCGUAAACAAAAUGCACACACUACUAGUAAUAGGGUAAAGAACGGAAUGUGGAAUUUAACUUUGAUUUUAAUUUUAGUUUUAGUUUUUGCCUGGUCUACUGAUGCAGCAAAAUAUUCGAGAGGAAUAAAAGUUCCGGGCAGAUUUGCAAGUAACUGUAAAAGCACUCCUGAUCCCGAAGUAAAUCGUCGACUCGCUGGUAUCGCUAGGCAAAUGCUGCGCCAAUAUCAUUGGGGCGCUUUAGGUGUACUAUCAGACUAUUGGGAAACUUACGAUUAUCCUUUUGUUACACCCAAAAUGUUUGCUGAAGGAAAUUCUACUUACAGCUCCGGUAUGCCUUACUUUUUUCUGUCCCCUAAUUACUACGUUACAAAGCAUCUUGAGCAUAGUCACAAAGUAUCAUUUUCCAUCAGUCGUGUGCAAAGUAGUGAAUGCAACCAGGAGGGAAUUGACGUCCAAAAUCCUCGGUGUUUUUUUGUUGUAUUCAACGGAAAUUUCACGAAAUUAGAGAGAGAUACUCCCCAAUAUGAAGAAGGAUACCAAUUUCUGAGUGAAAAAUAUCCAAGAAUAGAAACCACUACAAAUAAGGAAAAUUAUGUAAUAGGAUACAUCAAUUUGAUCGAUGUCAUGAUAUUUGCUGGUAAGGAAGAAUUGGAAUGCAUUCCUAUGGACGAAUAUCAUGACACACCUCCAAAUGAAAAUUAUGAGGAAGAAGAAUUUGGUUCGACUUCGUCAAAAACAUUUCCCAACACAAAAAAUAACAGAAAAAUAAAUCGUAAACGAAAGGCACGCAUAUAA